UCAUCAUUUACGUAACCUCACACUUCGCAUGUGACGUUUACGUUCGAUCUAAUUUUGGUAUCAAGACAGAAUAUAUUUCAAUUUUAUUCGCGAUUUACGUUUACUUAACCUAAGAAAAUGUGGUUUGAGGUGUUACCUUGCAUGGGCAUAAUUAUGACGGCUUUGUACCUUCCUCAGCUUUCUGCUUAUUACUUUAACAUGGCAACGAUUGGUCAUCCUCAUCACAGAGCAGCGGACACCUUUUGGGAACGUUGCAUGUAUUUAAAAGAUUCUCGCCUCGGUGGAGCUCCUUUUAAUGCCGUGGGGCUAGAAAAUAUUCCAGACGAGCCAAAAUAAUUCAAAUGGAGAGUGCAGUGUAGAAUAGUCCUUGCCGUGUAAUUAUAAUAUUAUGUACCAUCCAGUUAUGUAUGUAUAGAAAUACUUAAUACACUCCACAUAAGUAAAA